CUGACGAUCUGGACCGUCAGUUUGGGCAAUUCGGGCCUGAAGAUCUCUAAGAUCAUUCUGGGCACUAUGUCCUAUGGCAGUAAGGAAUGGCAGGACUGGGUCUUGGACGAGGAGGAAUCUUUAGCCCUGGUUGAGCACGCCUACAAGCAGGGCAUCAACACCUGGGACACGGCAGACGUCUAUUCCCAUGGUCGAUCGGAGGAGGUGAUCGGCAAGGCCCUGAAGAAAUUCAAUAUUCCCCGUAAUCGCGUGGUCAUUUUGACCAAGUGCUUCUACGGCGUUGAUGACGAAGGCAAGUUCCCGCCGAUCUGGGCGUCCGCUCGAAAUGAGGGGGAAUUUGUCAACCGAGUUGGCCUGUCCCGCAAGCACAUCUUCGACGCCGUGGAUGCCAGCGUCGAACGCCUGGGCACCUACAUUGAUGUGCUUCAGAUCCACCGUCUCGACCGUGACACUCCCCGUGAGGAGAUCAUGAAAGCGCUGAAUGAUGUCGUGGAGAGCGGCAAGGUGCGCUAUAUUGGCGCGAGCUCGAUGGCCGCCUGGGAGUUCCAAGCCUUGCAGAACAUUGCGGCCCGCAAUGGCUGGCACCAGUUCAUCUCGAUGCAGAACUACCACAACCUGAUCGCCCGCGAGGAGGAGCGCGAGAUGAUCCCUUACUGCUUAGACAGCGGCGUGGGGCUUAUUCCAUGGUCUCCGAUGGCGCGUGGUGUGCUCACCCGGCCAUGGGGCUCGCGCUCGACCGUGCGUGAGAACACCGACGGCGCCCUGAAAGCGCUUAUCCGCAGUCGCGAGACGGAGUCCGACAAGGCCAUUGUGGACCGAGUUGAGGAGCUGGCGGGCAAGAAGGGCGUUAGCAUGGCGCAGAUUGCUCUGGCUUGGUCCUUGAGUCACCCCAACGAGUGCCCGAUCGUGGGUCUCAACAGCACCGCCCGCAUUGACGAGGCGGUCGCCAGUUUGCAGGUCCAGUUGAGCCCGGAAGAAAUUGAGUAUCUGGAGGAGCCGUAUGUGCCUAAGGGGAUUGCACCGCUGGAACGGUAA